ACGCUGCGGGCAGGCGGCAGAGAGCGGCGGAGGCGUCUGGAGGACGAGCCGGGAGGAAAGCCGAUCCUCUUCGCGGGAGGGAGAUGCGGAGGUCCGGCAGGCGGCUGGCAAGACAGAGACGGGCAGGGAGAUCCAGAGGCAGAGGCAGGAUUUCCACUGAUGAUGCAGUGGGCAGGAGCAGAGCCGGGCACAGCAGCCAGCAGAACUGCGGCGAGAGAAACAGAGAUUAGAUAGGGUUCACAAAAAACACUGAGCAGAACGUGUGUGUGUGUGUGUUACACAUGCCUUAUACAUGCCUUAUACAUGCCUUACACGUCUUAUACAUGCCUUCAUAUAUAUAUAUAUAUAUGUGUGUGUGUGUGUGUGUGUGUGUGUGUGUGUGUGUGUGUGUCUUACACAUGGCUUAUACAUGCCUUAUACAUGUCUUACACAUGCCUUAUACAUGCCUGUGGUUUAACCCAACUGACACCCGGACCCUUGACAGGUGGACAGUUCCUACCCGGACUUUUAAUGAGAUGCACACCAAAACAUGGCGGCCAAUAUAGAGCAAAUUUUCCAAGAUUUUAUUUUGAAUAAAAUCCGAGAGAUUGAAGACCAGAAUGAAGACAGAGCGAACGGUGCUGAGGUGGUUCCUUCUGGGGAAAUGAAGGCAGCAGCAGCAGAAAAAAGCACCUCAGACAAGCACGAAGACUUCAGAGGCUCACAGAAGAAACACAAGAAGCACAAAAAGCACAAAAGCAAGAAGAAAAAGAGGAAUCGAGACAAGGAGAGCAGCUGUGAGUCUGAAGCUGAAGUGGAGAGAGGAAGCAAACAUCAGAGCAGAAGAGGAACACCGACAGAAGCCAGAAAGGAGCGAGGCGCUGAUCAUGAGAGUAAAUCCAGAUGCCACAAGCAGCACUCAACAGGAAAGAAGAAGAAGAAGAAGAAAAGGAGGAAAGGUGAAGAAAACUCAUCAGAUUCCGACUCGGCAUUCGUGUCAAAGCAGAGAGAAAGUAAAUGUGGUCAAAGCUUACCUCUGAGACGACAGGAGGAGCUUCCAGAUAUCAUCCCCAAACAGGACAGCUCCAGUCAAGGAAGAGCAGAUGAGGAAAGACUCGGUCGUCACUCUCCGUCACAUUCCAACCCUCACUCACAUUCCGACUCGGUGAGGAGGACUUCUAAACACCUCCACCGAAGGUCCAGGACUCGGUCCAGAACCGGGUCUCCAGGCCGCAGGACUCGCUCCAGCUCCUCGGAGAAGAGGAGGGAUCUGGAUGAAGCUCUCCGGUCCACCAAGAGUCCCUCAGAGCAUCUUCAGCCUCAGCUGGACCUCAGAUUCACUGAAGCAAACAUCAGGCUGGAGGAGAUGACCGAGUCCAGAACAGAAGAUCAGCCAGAAAAACCAGGAGAGAGCAAAGGAGAAGCAGCAGAACAGCCAGCCUCAGGUUGUGGAACCUCUCAGUCCACCUCCAUGGAGCCCAGCUUCCUCCAGAGUAAACCUGCAGAAGGUCCAAAGUGUCCUCCAGCCGGAGUUAAAGCAGUAGCCAAGAAGAAGAGGAAACAGUCCAGGUCUCCACAGAGGAACAGGAAGUCCUCAAAGAAACAGAAGAGGUCCAGAUCUCCAUGUUGGAGCUACAGGAGGGGAUCCAGAUCCAGGAGCUCCUCUCUGAAGAAGAGAUCCCGGUCCAGGUCGGGAGGCCGGAAGUCGUGGAGGUCUCGUUCUCGGUCGGCGUCUCGGAGUCGGAGGAGGGUCACGUACAGCCAGAGGGACCGCUGGAAACGAGAGCCAAGUCACUCCCCUGUCCUCAUCCUCCGCAAAAAUAGAUCCCCCUCCAGGAAACACGGCAGCUCCAGCACCAGCCCUCAGCGCAUCAGCGACCUGGAUAAAGAGCAGCUGCUGGAGAUUGCCAAAGCUAAUGCUGCUGCUAUGUGUGCCAAAGCUGGGAUGCCCAUCCCUGCCAGCCUGAGGUCCACGGUGCUUCCUCUGGCUCUGCCCACCAUGGCCAUGAAUGCCGCUAUGGCCAGUAUGACUGCUGCCACGGUGACAGCAGCUCUGUCCAACAUGGGAACUCUGUCGUCGCUGCUGCCGCUGCCUUCCAUCACCAACAAACCUCCCCCUGGUCCGGCUCAGGCCAGCAUCACUGCUCUGGAGGUGAAGAGGAAAGUAGCCAAGCAGGCCAACAGCAUCAGCAUCAAGGAGUUCACUGAUAAGUGUCAGAUGAUCGUGGACAGUACCGGAGAGCUGCCUGUGGCGCUGCCUCAUGUUUCAGAUGAAGAGGAUGAUGGGAAACCGUUUGGAGGAUCAGCCCUCCGAGAACAGAAAGUCAUCAGCUUCAGCAUCAACAACACGACGGUUCGUCCAGCGGUGCGCAGUGAUGCCGGCAUGGCCAAAGAGUUUCCGGUAUCUUCAGGAUCACAGCAUCGAAAGAAGGAGGGAGAAGGUCUGGGCGUCUAUGGAGAAUGGGUUCCCAUCGACAAAACAACAGAGAAAGCUUCAGUUUCCUCCAGGAAGGCUGUGACCAGCGUUACCAUGACGACCACCUCUUCAUCAUCAUCAUCAGACCCAGCUGAAGCAGUCGUUCUACCAGAAGCUGAACAGACGGAGUUUAACACGGACGAUGACAAAGUGUUUCCAGACGCUCUGGUUCAGCCGGUAGACAUCACUCAGGCCGUGACCGAGAGGAUCAAAGCUCAGAGGCGAUUGGCUGAGAACCCCUAUGACAUCAGCGCCAUCUGCAUGCUCAGCCGGGCUCAGGAGCAGGUGGAUGCCUGGGCUCAGUCCAACACGGUUCCUGGUCUGUUUACUGGUUCUACUGGAGCUCAGGUUCUCAGCUCUGAGGAGCUCUCCACCAGCGGUCCUCAAGCCUGGCUGAAGAAGGACCAGUUCCUCAGGGCGGCUCCAGUAUCGGGAGGCGUCGGGGAGUUCCUGAUGAGGAAGAUGGGCUGGAAGACCGGAGAGGGCCUUGGCAGGAACCGCGAGGGCACCGUGGAACCGAUUGUUAUCGACUUCAAGGUCGACCGCAAAGGUCUGGUUGCUGAAGGAGAGAAGCCACAGAAACAAACUGGAGGAUUGGUGGUAACCAAGGAUCUAAUGGGGAAGCACCCGGUCUCUGCUCUCAUUGAGUUGUGUAAUAAGAGGCGGAUCAUGCAGCCAGAUUUCGUCAUGGUUCAUCACAGCGGACCCGACCACCGCAAGAACUUCCUGUUCAAGGUGACGGUGAAUGGAGUGGACUACCAGCCUCAGACUGCCAGUCCCAAUAAGAAGCAUGCUAAGGCCAUGGCAGCCACUGUGGCCCUGCAGGCUCUGGGAGAGGUUCCUGUCGAUGGACCAGGACUCUACACUGGUCCUGUCUUCACGGCUGCUUCUACUGGACCUCUGUUCUCUACAUGAACACCACUGGGACUGGCCCAGAGGAUUUUAUCACAGCAGACAUUUUGAUUUGUCAGUCGGGAGAGCACCGGUGUGGUGGUGAUGGCCACGGUCGACUUUACAGAUCCGAAGGUCCAGGAGAGUCCAGAUGGAACAGAUUCAUCUUCUCUGAGGGCCUGAGUCCAUGUGGCGGCUGCUCUACCAGGAAGUAGAGAGUUUACAACCUGCUGGAUCCCAGUCCUCCAAGUGGACUCCAGCAAGCAGCAACAGCUAGACCUCAGUGGUGUCCACUGGUGUCCACUGGUGUCCACGUCUAACAGGAGUACCGUCAGGUUUUAAUGAAGGUCACGUUCUGUUUGUUAGAGUGGACGGACUGAAUGCAGAGUUGUUGCUGCUUCUCUUCAUACAUGUUCCAGUAUUCCACACUAUUACCCGUGUAGCGGAGUCCGUCAUGGCGUUCAGUUAGUUGGUGCUCAGAUUCUUGUGGAGAUGAUAAAUCUGCAUCUCUGAGGCUCUUGUGGAUCUUCUCCUGAGCCAUCAAUAAUUUAACCUCCGCCUCUCCAGCUGCCAAGGGUCAAAAUAUCUGUCCUGAAAACCGACUUUUCGGCUUCGUUUAACUUCUUGAUCCUAGUUUUUGUUGUUUUUUUGUCCGUCCAUUAUUUCCACUCUGAGAACAAACUGUAGACACACGAUGAGGUUUAGAGUUCACUUGUGACCACAGGUAUCACAUUUCUUUAAGUUUAUGGUGAGGGAGCUUCUCUAUUUCUGCCAGGUGGUUGGGAUUGGUAGAGAAUCGGUGCAUUCAGAGUGGAUAAUGUAUGUAUGUAUGUGUGUAUGUAUGUAUGUAUAUAUGACCCAUGUUUGAUAUGGUAGCAUUUUAGCUGAUAAAUACUAGCUGACCAAUCCUUUAUUCUGAUCUCAGACACUAGUCUCUCUGGUGGUUGGUCUCAGCAGAGCUGGUCUGUCAACUGAAGAGUUUUCUAUAAAUCAAAAUGUUUUGUUCCGUUGGUCUUGAUGCGUGUGUGGCCUUAGAUGUUCCUCAAACAAAGCUGGUGAAGUUCAGCCUUCUAAAGAUAUGUAAACAGAAAUAAAGAGUAUAUUUAUGUUA